AUGGUCAAGUCAGAAGGUUCCAGUGCAGGAGAUGACAAGGAAGAGGCACGCGAUGUUGCUGUAUCUGACCAACGCCUCCAGGACCUGGGGUAUAAGGCUGAAUUCCGCCGCGAGAUGUCUCUCUUUGGAGUGCUUGGGAUAUCGUUCUGCGCCAUCGGCAUUCUGACUGGAAUGAGCAGCGCGUUUCAGACGGGGUUAUUCUCUGGAGGCCCGGUUGGCCUGUUCUGGGGAUGGAAUAUAUGCAGUUUCUUUAUGUUUCUGAUCGCUUUAAGUCUUGCAGAGAUCUGCAGUACAUACCCAACAAUGGGAGGACUAUACUUUUGGGUUUGUAAAAUGAAACCAGACGUACCCAUCCUUGGCUUCUUCACUGGCUGGCUCUAUUCCAUGGCUAUGGUGUUUACUGGCGCUUCCGGUAAUUUGAGCGUCGCUCUAUACCUUGCAUCAAUGGCAGAGGUUGGACAAGGAAGGACUUUAACGCGUGUAGAAAUCACUGCGAUCGCAUGGGCUAUGAACAUAUUCUCUGGCAUUAUCAACACCAUCGGAACGAAGGCUAUUGGACGAAUGAGCACGUUAAAUGUCUGGUGGACGCUCGGAGGGACGUUUGUGCUGGCCGUCACCCUGCUUGUGAAAGCACCUGUGAAGAAUUCUCCCGAUUUCGUGUUUACGAAUUUUCAGAAUUUCACCGGUUGGGAAUCCAGAGGCUUUGUCGUGCUUCUCGGGUUUCUUCAGGCUGUAUACACGCUCGAAGGAUGUGAAACAGCGGCUCAAGUAGCGGAAGAAGCUGUACGCGCGGAAAUUCUGGCCCCACUCGCUGUAGUAGGCAGCAUUGCAGGCUCUUGGUUGAUCGGUCUCGCGUACAUGCUUUCACUUCUCUUCGCAGUCCAGAAUAUCGCGUCCGUUCAGGCCACCACAUUCGCCAUUCCAAUUGCUCAACUCUUCUAUGAUGCAGUGGGGCCCCAGCUGGCGCAAAUGUGUUUGGUUGUAGUAACGCUUGCCCAAGUGAUGGCUGCGAUUACAAAUUUUACCGCAAGUUCGAGGCUGUUCUAUGCGCUCGCAAGAGAUAAUGCGUUCCCGAUGAAAAAGCAAUUUUUGACCUUGAACCGAUUCCAAGCGCCAUACUGGGGUGUAUGGACCAGUGUCUUGAUAGGAUGCAUUAUAUCAUGCGCCUACAUUGGGUCUGCGGUUGCAUUUAACGCCAUCUUAUCCUCAGCAGCCAUAUCGGUGAUGUUGAGCUACUUGCAACCCAUUGUUAUUCGUGUGUUCUGGUCUGACUCCAUUCAAGACUUUGGACCUUUUUGCCUUGGAAAAUGGUCAUGGCCAGUGAACUUUGCAAGUUUUUCGUUCUGCGUUUUCAUCUGCAUUUUAUUCGUCCUACCUACGGCAUACCCAGUGAACGACCUCAACAUGAACUACGCGAUUGUUGCUGUGGGCGGUCUUUUGGUCAUAAUCACCAUCAACUGGUUUUGGUGGGGAAGGCAUAGCUUUAAAGGUCCUGUCAAAACAGUCACCUUUCAAUGA